AAGAAGAAGAAAAGAGAGAGAGAGAGAGAGAGAGAGAGAGAGAGAGAGAGAGAGCGAGCUCCGCACUGCGACGCGUUUUUCUCCGUACAUUUUCAUCGAACACGAGCAAAGCAGCCGGAACUUUGAGCCAGAGCGGAUGCGUACUUUAAGCUCUAAAUUGUUUUUGUUGCAUUGCCCGCUAUCUGACAAGUAAAGUAACCAUUUAAAACCCGUGCAAGAAUGUCGGAGAAAGACACAGGGCCGACCUCUUCAGCAAAGGAGCAAGCAAGCGAACCCAGAGAGAGCCAGAACCCCGAAGCCAAUGGAAUAGAUGCCAUGGGCAUUCUUUGGACUUUUGGCAAAUGUCUCACAGCUUUGUUGCCAGUUUACCUGGCCGGAUAUUACCGAGUGAGCAGCAGUCUGUUGGUGUUUGGACUCGCGCUAUACUCGGGGUGGAAACACACUCGGGAAGCCAAAGAGGCGAGGUUGAGGUCCGCCAUACAGCUGCUGAACGAAGAGCAUGAAUCAUCCAGCGGCGUGUACAGAAGCCAAAAAGACCUACCUGCUUGGGUCAAUUUCCAAGAUGUGGAGAAGGUUGAAUGGCUUAAUAAGGUCAUCCAGCAAGCAUGGCCAUUUAUUGGUCAGUACUUGGAGAAGUUGCUAACAGACAGCAUUGCACCAUCCAUCCGAGCAUCCAGUGUACACCUGCAAACCCUCAGCUUCACUAAGAUUGACUUUGGUGACAAGGCUAUGAAGGUUGUCGGAGUGAAGGCUCAUACCGAGAACGAAAAAGGACACGUGCUAUUGGAUGUCUACAUCAGCUAUGUGGGGGAUGUAGAGAUAAAUGUGGAGGUGAAGAGGUAUUUCUGUAAAGCUGGAGUGAAAGGGAUACAGCUGAGUGGUAUGAUGAGAGUGAUUUUGGAGCCUUUGAUCGGCAAUGUGCCCAUUGUAGGAGCGCUUACUAUGUUCUUCAUCCGUAGGCCUAAGCUGGACAUCAACUGGACUGGUCUAACCAACCUAUUGGACAUUCCAGGACUCAACUUGAAGUCAAACACUAUGAUAAUGGAUGCCAUUGCCUCCUUUCUGGUGCUGCCUAACCGCCUCACCAUCCCAUUAGUGGAGAAUCUACCAGUGGCACAGCUUCGCUCCCCUUUGCCCAGGGGUGUGGUCCGUAUUCACCUGUUGGAAGCUGAUAGAUUGGCUGCUAAGGAUAACUAUGUGAAGGGUGUGAUGUCAAGCAUGUCUGACCCUUAUGCAUUGAUAAGAGUGGGGCCACAGACCUUCAGAUCCCAACACAAAGAUAACACAGACAGCCCAAAAUGGGGUGAGGUAUAUGAGGUAAUUGUUCAUGAAGUCCCUGGUCAGGAGUUGGAGGUAGAAGUGUAUGAUAAAGAUCCAGACCAGGAUGACUUCCUGGGAAGAACUAAGAUGGAUUUGGGAAUAGUGAAGAAGGCUAAAAUUGUUGAUGAGUGGUUCACUUUGAAGGAUACUCCUACAGGGCGUGUUCACCUCAGACUGGAAUGGCUGACAUUGCAGGACAACACUGAUACUCUGGAGCAGGUUCUGAAAAGAAAUGAAACAGUUCCGAGUAAUACUGCACAUCCCCCCUCAUCAGCCAUCUUGACAGUGUAUUUGGAUAAGGCCGAGGCGCUUCCUAUGAAAAAAGGCAGUAAAGAUCCCAGUCCAAUGGUGCAGCUUUCUGUGCAGGACAUAACCCAAGAAAGCAGAACCUGCUGGAAUACGGUUAAUCCUGUGUGGGAAGAUGCCUUCACAUUCUUCAUCCAAGAUCCACACAAACAGGACAUUGAUAUCCAGGUGAAAGAUAAUGACCAUGUACAGCCCCUGGGCAACCUGUCCCUCCCUCUCUCUCGCCUUCUGUCUAGCCCUCAGCUCAGCCUGGAUCAGUGGUUUCAGCUGAAUCAUUCUGGCCCAGCCAGUCGUAUUCACAUCAACACUAUACUCAGGGUGCUCUGGAAUGAUGAAAGUGCUGUAUCCGCCUCCCUUCUCUCGAGUGAUCUGUCUUCUUCAAGACCUCAACAUACCUCCCCUGAUGACAGUUUUGGCACUGAGGGGGUGCUGCGUAUUCACCUGCUGGAGGGACAGAAUUUGAUACCCAAGGACAACUUGAUGGGGGGCAUGGUGAAGGGGAAGAGUGACCCCUACAUCAUCAUCAAUAUUGGAUCCAGCACCUUUAAAAGCCGUGUGAUUAAGGAUACCCUCAACCCCACCUGGAACGAGAUGUAUGAGGUGGUAUUGACUAAUCUCCCUGGUCAAGACUUAUCAUUAGAGAUAUUUGACAAAGACAUGGACAUGAAAGACGACUUCAUGGGCAGACUGAAGAUCAAGCUAAGUGACAUUAUUACAUCCAAACACGUGGAUGAGUGGUUUACUCUGAGUGACGUGAAACAUGGUCGUGUUCAUCUGAGUCUGGAGUGGCUGCAUGGAGUAACCCAGUCGGAUAAACUGCAACAGGUGUUGCAGUACCAGUCUAAGAGCUCCUACAUGAACAAGGCAGUACCUGCUGUGGCCUUGUUGUUUGUAUAUCUGGAGGCUGCCCAUGAUGUUCCUUUAAAGAAGAGUGGCAAAGAGCCUAAGGUUGGUGCUGAACUUGUUCUAGCAGGGACCACACACAAAACCACGGUGUGUGAUCGUACGAGCUCACCCCAGUGGAAUGAGGCCUUUCAUUUUCUGGUUCAUGACCCCAAGAAGGAGGAACUUAUUGUGAAGUUGUCACACUGCUGGGACUUCUCACUUGGCUCUGUGGUGAUUCCUAUAAGAGAGCUUCUCUCCCAACCAAAUCUGCUGCUGGACCAAUGGCUAAAUUUGGAUGGAGCUUCACCUCAGAGUCAGAUCCUGCUGAGGGCACAGCUUAAGAUCCUGUGCCCUAAAGUGACAGAGGGUUCCACAGAGAACACAGAGACUGCUGUACCGAAGACCACCUCCAAGGACAGCAAAACUGAGGAAGAGCUAGUUCAAAAGUCAAGUGAGCUAUUGGUUCCCAUCACUAUAACCUCUUCUGUAACUGCUCCUGAUAAGAAUGGAAAGGAGAAAGUGAAGGAGAAAGAGAAGGAGAGUGAGAAACCUCCAGAGGACAUCUCCUCAAGUGAUGUUCAACCUCCACAUACGAGCCCAGAUCCCAACUUUGGCACUGAGGGCGUACUGCGUAUCCACCUGCAGGAAGCUCAGAAUUUGAUUGCGAAAGACAACCUUAUGGGGGGCAUGGUGAAGGGGAAAAGUGAUCCCUAUGUUAAGAUCACCAUUGGAAACAACACCUUUAAGAGUCAUGUUGUUAAGGAGAAUCUCAACCCCACCUGGAAUGAGAUGUAUGAGCUGGUUUUGGCCUCUGAGUCAGUUUCAGAAGUCUGCAUAGAGGUGUUUGAUAAGGACAUUGAUAAAGAUGAUUUUCUAGGAAGGUUCCACAUCAUCUUGAGUGAAAUAAUUCAGGCUCAAUACAUUGACCAGUGGUUUACUCUGGCUGAUGUGAAACAUGGAUGCCUUCAUCUGGUUCUGGAGUGGCUCCCCACAGUAACAGAGCGAGAUAAACUGCAACAGGCACUGCAGUUACAAUCCAGCUCCUAUGAGAAUAAAGCCUCACCCUCUGCAGCCUUGCUGUUUGUUCUUAUUGAGAAAGCUCAUGCACUGCCAAUGGUGAAGGGUGGGAAGGAGCCUAAAGCUGGAGCAGAGCUUGUAGUCACUGGAACCUCUUAUAAAACCAAGUUGUGUGAUCGCUCUACCUCUCCUCAUUGGGGUGAGAUUUUCCACUUCCUGAUUCAUGAUCCCAGAGAAGACGUUCUUAUUAUUAAGCUCUCCAGUGGGUGGGAUCAGCCACUGGGUUCCCUGGUUCUACCAAUUAAAGAGCUUCUGUCACAAGAAGGAAUGCUGCUGGACCAGUGGCAAAAUCUGGAUGGUGCUUCCCCUGAAAGUCAAAUCCUACUGAGAGCAGAACUCAAGAUUUUGGCAUCAAAGAUAGACAGAAAAGGCGAAAAAGCUACUGAAAAAAAUACAGAAAAACAUCCUGAAAAGUCUAUUGAAAAGACACUGGAAAUGCCUGUGGAAAAACCUAUUGGAAAAUCUCCUGAAAAGUCUAAUGAACCUGCAGAACAGGCUACAAAAAAGUCAACAGAAAGCUCUGUGGGUGCAAACAACUCUACUGGUGGGCAAAGUGGCAAGAAAACACCAAUCAAUGCUGAGCAAUUGUUGACAACAGCCAAUAAAGAGUUAAAACAAGAGACCAAGCCAACACCAAGGCUCAAUGAACUAGUGGCUUCUACAGUACCAGUACCUGUAUCACUUUCUGAAGACACACAGAAAGUACUGGCAGCAGAUAUCACUCAUGACACAGGACAUGAGACAAAGGAUUUGAGUAAAGCGUCCUCAGUGGGAGGAGCCAGUAAGACUGUGAAACCAAUCACAAUAAGCGAUUCAGCAUGUACAACCAAUAAUGAGCAACACUUGGAUAAGGCAGCUGAUAAUUCUCAUGAAAAGGUUUAUCCAACUGUUCCUGCUGCUGAAAAAAAAACAGAAAUAGCACGUGUGCUACCACAACACACAUGUACUUACCCUGGCUUUGGCACCCAGGGGGUGCUGCGUAUUCAUCUGUUGGAGGCUCAGAAUUUGAUUGCUAUGGACAGUUUGAUGGGUGGUAUGGUGAAGGGAAAGAGUGACCCCUAUGUGAAGAUCAGUGUUGGAACCACAACCUACAAAAGUCAUGUGAUCAAAGAGAACCUCAACCCCACCUGGAAUGAGAUGUAUGAGGUGAUUCUGAAUCCUGACCCCAAUCUAGAAGUGAAGUUUGAGCUUUAUGACAAAGACAUUGACUCUGAUGACUUCCUUGGAAGAUUCAAAAUUAAGCUUGGAGAUAUUAUUAAAUCCCAGUACAAUGAUGAGUGGUUUUCUCUAAAUGAUGUGAAACAUGGCCGUCUACAUCUGGUUCUUGAGUGGCUGCCCACAGUAACGCAAACAGACAAACUACAGCAGGUGCUGCAGAUGCAAAGUUCCCAGUCAAACCAGAAUAAAACUGUCCCUUCAUCCGCCCUGCUGUUUGUCCUUAUUGAGAGAGCACAUGCACUGCCUUUGAAGAAGAGUGGGAAGGAACCUAAAGUUGGAGCUGAACUUGUGCUUGAAGGAACCUCUUACAAAACAAAGGUGUGUGACCGCUCAACAUCCCCUCAGUUUCAUGAAGCAUUUCAUUUCCUGGUUCACGACCCCAACAAAGACAUGCUUGUUAUUAAACUCUCUAGUGCAUGGGAUCAGCCACUGGGUUCCCUGGUUCUACCAAUCAGAGAGCUUCUCUCUCAGCCAGAGCUUAUGCUGGACCAAUGGCUCAGCUUAGAUGGAGCUUUAGCUGAGAGUCAGAUUCUACUGAGGGCAGAACUCAAGAUCCUGAACUCUAAGAUGGCAGCACUUGUGGCACUUGGUGCUGGUCCUGUCUUAAGCAAUAAGCAGAUGCCCACCACUGGACAGAUCAGAAUUUCUCUGUCCUAUCAGACAAAACUUACUGUGAUCAUUCAUGGCUGCAGAGGCCUGGUGACAUCAUCAAAAGAAGGUGUAGACACUUACAUCUCUCUGAUUCUGCUGCCUGAUAAAAGCAAAGCCACGAAGAGAAAGACUGCUGUUAAGAAGAAAGAUCUGAAUCCUGAGUUUAAUGAGAGGUUUGAGUUUGACAUUAAUGUGGAAGAUGCUCGGCAGCGAGUGCUCAGUGUGUGUGUAAAGCACAGCUCGUCCUUCAUGAGUCGAGACAAAGACAUCAUUGGUCAGGCAGAAAUUGAUCUGGCACAGAUUGACUUUCUCUCAGGUGUUGCAGAAUGGUUUGACUUAAAAGAUCACAACUAGCUGGAGUGUGUGAAGUUUGAGACCUUUUCUCAAAGUGGCAAUACCCGGUCAUCAAUUCAACUGUCUCCACAGAUGCCUUGCUGAAACAUAAUUUUCCAUCUCCCCUUUUCUUUUACUGCAGCUGAUAUCUUUAGGGCACUAGGUUUACUGAAAUUGAAAAAUCGAUGAUGGAAUCAAUAUUACUUAUGGAUAGAGCUUUGUUAAAGUUUAUUGAAGUUUAUUGGCGAGACAUAAGUGGUAUUCCAGGAAAUGUAAUAUAUCUACAUUGAUUUUAUAAUUGCCACUAUCUAAUUAUGCAAUUGGCCAACGAUGCAAAUUGACAUAAUGAUUGUGUUUGAUUAUGCAAUGAUGAAUGUUUCAGAUGUUAAUGUCACUUUGUUAUUCUUACACUGAGCAUUUUUCUAAUUUCAAGUUUAAACCAUGCUAGCCUCUUUUACUUUGAUCUACAAACUUCUUGUGUGUAUACAAAUGUAUUUAAUUACGCUACUAUAAUAAUGAGUUUUACUGCCAAAAGCUUAUGGAGUUUUCAAUUUUUUUUCGCUGUUAAGCAAAAUUAAAUAAAAAAUAAUAAGUUGACAAACACCCAUGUAAACUUCUGCACACACUUCUGUAAAUGUUUGCAGAUAAAUUAAGUAGUUUAAAAAAGCAUUUUCAUUGGCCUCCAUUAUAAUAAUAUGACAUUGUAAGUCUGACCAAUACCAGGGCUACAUUACAAUACAGUUACUGUUUUUAUACAGUUGUUGACAACCUCUAAUUGACUUCCUCCUGCCCACUUCAGUAUUUUACUAGCCAAGUAAAAUUCAUUCUGAAAUUCGGAAGUUUGGACAGAACGGUUAUAAGUGUAUAAUUGUGUUCUAAUUGGGUUUUUUUUUGUGAUCACCUACUCCACCGUUACAUAGCAGACAGCGUUAUUUAAUUCUGCCAGAUGUUAACAAGAUGGGUAUCACUAUCUAUUUAGCUAGUUUGCAAAGUUAUAUUAAAACAGUUUAAAUUGAUUCUACAAAUUGCUAAGGAAAUUGCUUUGUGUUUAUUGCGAAGUGCAGGGGUGUUCAGAUGUCUCCACUAUACCCCUUGUGCUGCAUAUGCCAACUCGUGCAAUAUGCACUCACAAUCCACUUUAUUAGGAACACCUUUACACAUGGUCAUUUAUGCAGGUAUCUAAUCAGCCAAUCAUUUGGCAGAAUGCAUAAAAUAAUGCAGAUACAGGUCAAAAGCUUCAGUUCAAUUCAAUUCAAUUCAAUUCAAUUUUAUUUGUAUAGCGCUUUUUACAAUAGACAUUGUCUCAAAGCAGCUUUACAGAAAUAUCAACAUGGUAUACAGAUAUUAAAGGUGCGAAUUUAUCCCAACUGAGCAAGCCACUGAGUGGCGACGGUGGCAAGGAAAAACUCCCUAAGAUGUUUUAAGAGGAAGAAACCUUGAGAGGAACCCGACUCAGAAGGGAACCCAUCCUCAUCUGGGUAACAACAGUUAGUGUGAAAAAGUUCAUUAUGGAUUUAUAUGAAGUCUGUAUGGCAUUAGGAGCAGCCGUAGUCCCAGCAGUCUGGAAUUAAAGAAGAUUUGAGCUCCAUCCAGAGGCAGAAAGGAUCUGGAUCUCUAGUAUCUCCAUAAAUUCGUGUGGGGCUCGGCGAAAGGAGAGAGGGAGAAAAAAGAUAAUUAUGACUGCGAAGUAGUAGAACAGAAUCUAGUCAGGGUAGGCUUGAGUAAACAAAUACGUUUUAAGCUUAGACUUAAACACUGAGACUGUGUCUGAGUCCCGAACACUAAUAGGAAGACUGUUCCAUAACUGUGGGGCUCUAUAAGAGAAAGCUCUUCCCCCUGCUGUAGCCUUCACUAUUCGAGGUACCGUUAAAUAGCCUGCAUCUUUUGACCUAAGUAGGCGUGGCGGAUCAAAUAAAACCAAAAGGUUGCUUAGAUAUUGUGGCACGAGACCAUUUAGUGCUUUAUAGGUUAAUAAAAGUAUUUGCGAGAUUAAUGCGAGAUUUUACUGGGAGCCAAUGCAGUAUUGAUAAUAUCGGUGUGAUAUGGUCGUAUCUUCUAGUUCUAGUUAGGACUCUAGCAGCUGCAUUCUGGACUAACUGGAGCUUAUUUAUAUUCCUACUGGAACAUCCAGACAGUAUGGCAUUACAGUAAUCUAAUCUAGAGGUGACGAAUGCAUGAACUAGUAUUUCCGCAUCAUGUAGUGACAAUAUGUUCUUAUUUUAGAAAUAUUUCUGAGAUGAAAGAAGGCUAUCCUAGUAAUAUUAUCUACAUGAGCAUCAAAUGAUAGGCUGGAGUCAAUAAUCACUCCAAGGUCUUUAACUGCUGUACAUGAUGAAACAGAAAGACCAUCCAGAGUAACCAUGUGAUCAGAAAGAUUACUUCUAGCUACACGUGGGCCUAAUAAAAGUAUUUCAGUUUUAUCAGAAUUAAGUAGAAGGAACUUAAUUAACAUCCAAUGUCUAAUGUCCUUUACACAAUCCUCAACUUUACUAAGCUUCUGUCUGUCCUCUGGCUCCAGAAGUACUCCAAAAGUAACCUCAGUACGCAUGGAGAAUUCACCAUUUACAUCUACGAACUGAUAACGAUUGGUCAGAUAAGACCUGAGCCAGGAGAGGACUGUUCCCUUAAUACCAACAACAUUUUCUAAUCUAUCAAGUAGAAUAGUGUGAUCUAUAGUAUCAAAAGCUGCACUAAGGUCGAGUAACACAAGCAGCGAGACACAACCCUGAUCGUAAGUCAGUAGAAGGUCAUUUACUACUUUAACUAACGCUGUCUCUGUGCUAUGAUGAGGUCUAAAUCCUGACUGAUACAUAGCAUAACUGCUUUGCUACAACCUUUUCUAAAAUCUUAGAGAUGAAGGGGAGAUUUGAUAUUGGUCUAUAGUUGGACAAUUGAGACGGGUCAAGAUCAGGUUUUUUAAUCAAGGGUUUAAUAACUGCUAAUUUAAGUGAUUUAGGUACAUAGCCAGUGCUUAGGGAAGAAUUGAUUAUAUUUAGAAGUGGUUCAAUUACUCCUGGACCAAUCUGUUUAAACAAACAUGUAGGUACGGGAUCUAGUAUGCAAGUUGAUGAAUUGGCUGAAGAGAUUAAUGUAGCUAGUUCGGUCUCUCUAAGCGGAGCAAAACACUCUAAACAUUGAUCUGAUAUUGCUACAUUGUCAUGUAAUGGGUUUGUUACAGUACUGUCCGGUUUUAAUUUAAUGGCCUGUAUUUCACGUCUAAUAUUUUCAACCUUAUCAAUGAAAAAUUUCAUGAAAUCUUCACUGCUAUGUAAUGAUUGAGUGUUUCUCUCUGUAGUGGUUUUAUUCCUAGUUAAUUUUGCUACUGUGUUGAAAAGGAAUCUAGAAUUGUUUUUGUUGUCUCCUAUUAAGGUGGAGAAAUAGAUUUUUCUAGCAUCGCCAAGAGAUUUCCUAUAUUUCAGUAGGCUCUCCUUCCAUGCUGUUUGAAAUAUCACCAGUUUGGUUUGACGCCAUUUACGUUCUAAUUGUCGAGUUGUCUGUUUUAAGGUUCGCGUUUGAUCGUUAUACCAGGGUGCUAAUUUUUUUUCUCUAAUUAUUUUCCUUUUGAGUGGAGCCACUCUAUCUAGCGUGUAGCGGAGUGUUGAUUCCAAACUUUCAGUCGCCUGAUCGAGUUCUGUGUGAUCUGACGGUGAUCCAAAUCUAAUUGAUGUUUCUGCGAGAUUAUUUAUGAAGCUCGGUGCAGUAGCUGAUGUGUAGGUACGUUUUAUGCGGUAGCGAGGCGAGGUGGAAAUAUUAUGAUCAAUACGUAUUAUGAACGAGAUAAGAUAAUGGUCUGAGACAACUUCAGACUGCGGAAAAAUGAUAAUAUUUUCUAUACUUAGUCCGUAUGUUAUUAUGAGGUCAAGAGUGUGACCACCAUUAUGAAUAGGCCCGAUUACGUUCUGAUUAAUCCCUACUGAAUCUAAGAUGGACACAACCGCUAAUCUUAGAGGGUCUUCCAGGGUAUCAAAAUGAAUAUUAAAGUCUCCGACGAUUAAUGCUUUAACUACAGACACAACCAGGUUUGAGACAAAGUCUGCAAAUUCACUAAGAAAUUCAGUAUAUGGCCCUGGGGGUCUGUAAAUAAUAAUUAGAGGAAUUGACUUAUUUUUUGUGGCUACAUAACUUAUAUUGGUAUAAAGAAUUUCAAAAGAAUUAAAUUUAUGCUUAGGUUUUUGUGUGACGACUAGAUUUUUACUAUGGAUGAGUCCAACACCUCCUCUACCAGUUGAACGAGGCUGAUGUACAUAACUGUAUCCAGGAGGACUGGCUUCAUUUAAUGCUAUGUACUCGUUUGGUUUAAUCCAAGUUUCUGUUAAACACAUUAAAUUACAUUCCUGAUCAGUAAUGAUGUCGUUAACAAUAAGAGCCUUAGACGCAAGAGAUCUAAUGUUUAAUAGUCCUAGCCUCAGAUCAAAAGUGCUGGCUUGUGCAUUCAAUAUGAUUUAAUAUUAUGUUAAUUAGGUUACGAAGAUAGACUUUCCGAGAUUUUCUAUAUAUUUGUAUAGCUCUGGGAACAGACACAGUCUCUAUAGUAUGUAUUACCUUUGCCGGAUUUUUAAUUGAACAUUGAUUAUACUGAAUGUUGUUAUUAUUGGAAGAUGUGCUUACGGUAGGUAGGCAGUCACUUGGAGUGUAGCGCCUUGGAAAUGUUGUCUGAAAGCAGUUCCGCUCCAAGGCUGCCGGGGUGCAGUCCAUCAGGACGAAACAACCUAGGACGCUCCCAGAACAGAUUCCAGUUAUUGACAAACACCAGAUUCUGCUCAUUACACCAAGAGACUAACCAAUCAUUUAAUGCUAGAAGUCUACUGAACUUUUCUGCUCCACGUCUGUAUGUGGGAAGAGGUCCAGAGACGAUCUUCGUGGUGGGUGAUCUGCCUCGUACCGUCUCGAUCAGGCUGGACUCAGUUAAUGUUCACAUCACACACUAGAAGCUGGAAAAUGUUUCCAGUCUUCAUCUGUCCAGGCUGGGUGAGUCUGUGCCUAUGAUAGCCUCAGAGUCUUGUUUUGUUUGACAGGAGUGGAAGCUGAUGUGAUCUUCUGCUCUUGUAGCCCAGCCACCUCAAAGGUUGAUGUGUUGUGCCAUCUGAGAUGCUUUUCCACUCACCACGGUUGUCGAGUGAUUAUUUGAGUUACUAUAGACUUCCUGUCAGCUCAGACCGGUCUGGUCCUUCUCCUCUGAUCAUCAUGUUGUGGGUGAAAAUCCCAGAUCAGCAAUUUCUGAAAUACUGAAACCAGCCCAUCUGGCACCAGCAAGCACGCCAUAGUUAAAGUCACAGAGAUCACACUUUUGAUGUUUGGUGUGAACAUUAACUAAAGCUCUUGACGUGCAUCUGCAUGACUUUAUGCAUUCUGGUGCUGCCACAUGAUUGGUUGAUUGGAUAACUGCAUGAAUGUGCAGGUGUACAGGUGUCCUAAUAAGUGGACGGUCAGUGUAGUUGAUAAGCAAAACUGAGUGGUGAGAGGCAAAUUAAAACUGAAAACUUAUAGAGUACUUCAAAUAGAUGUUCCAAGAGUUGUCUGACUACUAUUAAGGCCAUUAUUGCACAUUAAAUCAAUUAGAUUUACCACAUAUAUAGGCUGCACUUCCAAAUUUUGGGGUUGUUUCCCCAAAACACCAUAGUGGUAAGAUCAUGUGGGGGGCCUGACUGUACCAAAUUGAUAUUAUUUACAGUGGAUGAGGAAACAUUUUUGAGAAUUCAGUUCUCAAUAUAAAAAUGCAAAAAUCAAGAAAAACGAACUUGGUGUGUUUAGGCCUUUUAAUGCUUGCACUCAACCAUGAAUGGCCUUACAAUUACGUGGUACAAACUGCAUAUAUCUUUUUGCAUUUUAAUAUUUUGCUUAUUAUAUUUGAGUGAGUUUAUAACGGGAGAUAUGGAGAUGGAGAUUUUAACAUUGGUCAGGUGGGACCCAUCAAAAUGUGUAUUUUGUAUGUAUUGUUGUAUAUGAUGCUCUUACUGAUGUUAAAAUCGUUCAGUUUCAUAGCAAUAGAUCAGGGGCAUAUUCACAAAGAAUCUUUGGGCCAAGAGUAACUCUAACUUUAUGAUUUAGGAGAAACUCUUUAAAGAAAGGGGAAUGCUAAUCCCAAUAUUAAUCAAAACAUUUUAGCACUAAAAACAGGCCCUCUGGACUACAUCCAAGUCAAAAAGCUUUAAAUGGGUAUUGUAAAGUAUGCUAUUGAACAUGCCAAUUUCAUACUACACAAAUAAAAAGGUCACGUUCUGGCAUAAAAUACAUUUUCUUUAAGAUGCUGGCAAAUGAUAAAAAAGGCGUGGAUACACUGGUGUAGUUGGCUGCACAAGUUCCUCUCAGCUCUUUUGUGAAGAGGUUUUAAAGAGAACUCUUAUAAGAUUAUUUGUGAAUAUUGCAUUAAUUAGGAGGUAUACAUUUUGUUUUACCUACUCCCUGUUUGUUUUUAUUCUAUGAUGCAAAACUUGCUUGAAUGUAACUGCUGCAUAGAUGUACAUGAAAAAGCAAAAUACCAAAGAAUGAAGCACUUCAAACAGUUACUAAUAGACUGCAUUUCUCACAGCUAUGCAUUGUUCAGUAUUUACUCUGUGCUUGCAAUCACCACAUUAAAAUGGCAAUAAAGUGCACACUUAUCCACCA